CCGCCAUUGCGGCUUCGAUGACCAGCAGGCACGACAACGUACCAUAGAGAGCCCAAGACAAGGCGCAGCGUCCAGGCUGGUCGAAAGGAGGGGCCAGCGAGGCCCUCCAUUCUCAACAUACAGAAUCGCACCCUCAAUUAGUCGAGGAGUUCUCGUACAAGGACCCAUCUACAUCAGAUGUCGUACCUCCCGGAAGGACCCACGCCUCCAGGUCCAACAGCGCAAGUCCUCCCCACCUGGCUCUCCUACUCGCCCGCUGCUACGAAUGUCGCUCCCUACACUUCAUCGCGAACGCGCGUCAUCUACGAUCCACAGGGCACUGAUCCUCCGAGGCAGACGGUGCAGGUGCAGACGGGCGUAGAGACGAGCACCUCGUACAACAUCAAGUACGUGCCACUCGAGUAUACUGGUCCUUUCCCUGCGCCGGACCUUGGCACGCUCUACACGACCGCUGGCCAACCACAAGCACAGCCGACUGCUGGAUCUGGAAAUAGCGGGUCGGGCGGCAAUGGCAAUGGCAAUGGCAAUGGCAAUGGCAAUGGCAAUGGCAAUGGCAAUGGCAAUGACAAUGGUGGUGGCGGCGGUAAUGGAGGGCAAGCAGGCGACGAGGGGUCAAAUAGCGGUAGCGGCGCUGGUAAUGGAGGAGGCUCCAAUGGCUCGGGAGGCCAGCAAGGAGGAGGCGACCAAGGCGGUCAAGGGAAUGGGCAGGGCGAACAAGGGCAACAAGGCGGCCAAGGCGGUCAAGGAGGACAGGGCGGCCAAGGCGGUCAAGGAGGACAGGGCGGCCAAGGCGGUCAAGGAGGACAGGGCGGCCAAGGAGGUCAACAAGGAGCUGGUCAGGGAGGCCAAGGCGGCCAAGGCAGUGGACAAGGUGGCCAAGGCAACGGCGGAGAUAAUGGCGAAGGUGGCAAUGCAGCUCCCUCCGGUGCGGGUGGUAACGGUAAUGGUGAUCCCAGCGCAAGCCAAGCUACAACCCCACCGAGCCAGUCCUCUCCAGAUGGCAAUCAGCCGCCAGCAUCAGACAAUUCACCUACAGCCACCACCCCUUUCAACGCACCAGCUGCAUCCAGCGCGCUCUCCUCCUUAAGCGCAGUUGCCGCUACUGCGACAGGCGCCGCUCAGUCUUCGGCCGCCUCCUCUCUCAGCGCCGCAGCCAGCAGUGCCUCUGUAGCAGCCAGCAGUGCGGGCGACUCUUCUUUAGCCAGUCAAGCCAGUGCAGCCAGCUCCAACGCCAGCGCUGCGAGCCUCUCCAACGCCGGCCCUUCGUCCGCCACAUCGCCGAUCAGCAGCGGCACGAGUGGCAGCCCUUCAUCCUCAGCUACUCGGCCUUCUGGCACAUUACAGCCUCCAAACCCUAAUAACCUUGCUACCGGCCCUCACCUUUCAGGUGGCCAAAUUGCUGGCAUUGUACUGGGUGUCUUCUUCUUCCUCCUUCUGCUCCUGCUUCUCCUACUCUGCUGCCUGCGGAGAAGAAGAAGACGACGAGCAGAAGGCGCCGCUGCCGGCGGAGUCAUGGCGCAGCAUGGCCGCCGUGUCUCGGACCGUGUCGCAAGCGCUUGGUCGAACAUUGGAGGUGGUGGAAGUAGCGGCGGUGCCAAUGGAAGCGGUGGCGGAGGUCAAGGCGCCUACGCCCCCCUCACUGGGGCAGCAGCCGGCGGCGCUGGCCUUGGGCUCGCCGCAGCCGCAGCCGGUGGACGUCGAGACAGUGAUGCAGACACGGACGACUGGGAGGCUGACAACCUCACUGGCGGAGAUGGUGGAAGCGGAUUCUUUGUCGUUGGCGGGCGACGUCGCGGCGAAGGAGAUGGAGGUAGCUUCCGCGGUAGACGACUCAGUGCCGCCGCAGGUGGAGGAUACGGCCCGGGUGGGAUCGGCAUGGGCUCGCCUCCAAGCGCGCAGAGCUCGCUCAGAGAAAUGCCGCCUUCUGCUGGCGUUCCGAGAGGCGGAUCAGGAUCUGGCAGUGGUGCUAGCAAAGGCCUUAUCGGUGGGCUGCUCGGCGGCAGCUGGCUGGCCCGUCAUCUCGGUGGGGCUCAGAAGGGAAACACAGUACCUACGCAAGAUCCGGACGAGACCGCUUCGGAGGAAGACCUCACCAGCUACGCCAAUGUGCGUCGCUCCCAUAUCGAGGGGGGCGGCGAAGAUGAAGGGCGUGGCUUGAUGGGCGGAUACGAUGACAGCGAUCACUACCCGGAGAUGCAGCAAUCUGGGCCAUCACAUUGGGGCGGCUGGCCUGCCAUAGGUGGAGCCGCAGCAGCUGCUGGUGCCGCAGGAGCUGGAGCUGGCUACGCUGCUCGACGGAGGAAUCGCUACAGCAGCGAUGACGAGGAUGGUCGAGACCUGGAUGACAGUCGAGGCCGAGACUAUCACGAUGCGGCAGAGGGCGACCUCGGUGCUGCAGGCAAUGGAAGCUCGCGCAAUGGCACGAGCAGCGGCGCACACGACUCCAAUGGCUCUUCGCAGCUGCCAAGCAGCAGCGGGACAAGCAACCCACCCGCUAGCCGAUCGACCCCAUCACCCCUGAUCGGCGCUUCGCUGCCUCCUCCUCCUCGCCCGGCUCGAGAAAGAACCGGAAGCUCGCCCAACGUUAUGGCCAAUCUACCAGAAAGCAGUAGCGGCGGAGAUCGUCUACGAGAAACCCGCCUACCAUCCUACGGUAGCGACUUUGGCAGCGGCGAUAUCGGCUACGACCCUAAGCUACUCGGUGCUGCAGCUGGCGGUGGGGCAGCGGCGGGCGGUCUUGCUGCGUGGGCUUCAGGCCAUCGUGACAGCCAAGGCUCGACGUACUCCAAGGGCCAUUACCCUUCUGGAAUUCCAUCGGGAAGCAACAACAGCAAGGAUAGCCUGCAGAGCAACGGCGGGCGACACAGCAAGUUCAUUAGCGCGGACACCAACUUGCUGGGCCCCGGAGCAGGCGGUGGCAACAGCAGCGGGACACCAAGCCCGAACAGGAGCAGUGAGGAUGCGAAUGAUGGCCAAGGGCACCGCAGGCUGCCCACCAUCCAGAGUGUAGGCGAGUUCGGCGAGCGUGGAAGCACAGCUUCUGCUCCAUUCGCGACUGCUACGACUGGCGGGCAGCAAGCAACUUUCAACUCUUCGGAAGGCUCCAAGGCCCGCAGCCGCGCUUCGUACACGACAACAGCUGAAGAUCCGGACAGCGCUCCGCAGCCGAUGGAGCUCAACUCGCCGAGGGGCACGAUGGGGCAGCGUCGCUCGUUGCACGACGAGGGGCUGACGGAUGGCGGAGAGCUGCAAGACGACGACGAUGAUGAAGACGGGUCUGAAGAUCAACACGGCGAGGAGGAUCCUUUCAGCGACCGGCCGACAUCCUCGCAAUCGCAGAGCAACCUCGGCGCAGCAGCCGCUACAGGAGGCCUGUUCAGCGGUCUCGCAGCAGGCAUUCGACGAUUAACCAUGGGCGCUACUCCGGGCCCGGCUCCAUCAUCAAGAGACGACCAUUACGACAGUAGCGAACAGCAGCGCGAUGCCUCCGCUUCGACGCACCUCAUCGAGCCACAGCAAGCUGGCAACGUUCAAAGUCAGCAAGCCAGUGUCUAUACGGGAGACAGCAGCAGUAACCGUCGCCACGGCCAGCAGUCCAGCGGCAGCGGCAAUGCGUCUUCUGGCAUGGGGCCCGGCGCAGCCGCAGGCGUGGCUGCAAGUGGCAUCGACCGGCCCAUGACACGAGCCUCGGCGAGGAGCGGUGCCGACUCGUAUCUGGACUCUGAGACGCACGGUGCAGGCUAUUCAGCCUCGGUAUCGGACAAUACGACGUCUUCUGGCUCUGGAGCGAGCAGACAGCGCUCCGGUCGCUCGAUGGCAUCCGAUCAUUCGAGCGGUGUGGACUCGACGAGCUGGCGAGCACAGCACAGCAACGCGUCGAGCUCGAGUGGGAGUCAGAGAGGUCGCGCUCGCUCUCCCUUCAGCGAUCGCAGUGCCAGUGCGCACGUGCAGAGCGAUCUUGCUGUGCCGAGUGCUGCAGGAGGGAACCUGAACAGGAGCUCGACAAUCAGUAGCCGCGGAGGAGUGUCGAGCAUCUCGGGAAGGGCUGCGUACACUGGAGCGCGACACGGUGGGCGCGAGGAUGGGAGCGGCAGUAUUGCCUCUGGCCCAUCGAUAGACACUCGUGCCGGAGAGGAAGAAGGUGCUGGAGGUGAGGUGGCUAGCAGUCGUGCCACUGCGGGGGGCGAGUCGAGACGGCUGCCGAGCAACCCCUUUGAGGAUGACAGCGAGGACAUGUCGACCCUGCCGCCGCUGCCGCCGCUGCCGCCUUACGCUGCAUCUGAAGGCGGUCCGAGACGUUUGAGCUCUGUCAGGGAAGGACCAGAAGACGAGGGCUCGGCUCCGCCUGCGGGUGGUCACUAUCCCAGCGCGACACUUGGUGAGGCGGCUCUUCGCCAGUCUCAACGCGAGGCGCGAGCUGCUGGCCAAGGCAGUGGGAACAGAGGUGCUCGCCGUCCGCCAGGAUCUCUGCGUGGUGUCCCAUCCUCACUGAUCCCAGGUUACGGCGGGCCUGGCUCUCCCGUUGCCGGCGAAUCGUGGAGACAGUCUCCACGCGUCGAGAGCUUGGGACGACAAGCGGCAGCUGCAGCCGCGGCAUCUCAGCCAGAGGAGCAGGACCAGGGUGAACGAGGGGCAGAGACUUCGACGAGGGGGGCCGCCAAUUGGGGUGGCGGGCUGCUCUGAUAACGGACACAACCGCGAUGCGAUGCAAUGACGGACCUGCUAUGAUCUCUGCUGACGACAACGAGCGCUUGAAUGCAUGCGCCUUUUGCGCCUUGCUCAGCGUCUGAAUGAAUACCAUA